AUGGAUCGCUGCGAAUCGCCUUUCCGGGCCACCGAUCAGUUGUCGGUCAUCGAACUUUGUAAGUUUGGCGCCGGUUUUUGAACCCCUAAUGAAUAAUACUCGACUUGAUUGAUGUUGGGUCUUCCAAUUUUGUUUCUAUUUAGAAAGCUCCCUAGAACAUCCUUCUCAAAAACGAUCCAAAAGUCAUGAAUUCCCUGUUAAUUCUGGCCGCGUUUGGAAUGGCUCGACGCGCCGCGGUCAAGCUGAAGCUUAAGCCUUCCAAGAUCUGACUUUUUAAAAAUGAGUGGCCUCGGAAGUUUCAGCCUUUCCGAUGAACACUAUUCUUUGGAGAUUUAGGAGAAAUUGCUAUUUUAGCCGUAGAGCGUACAUUCCCUGGCUCUUCAAGGCUAUUUUUAUUUUUCUUCAAGAAAGUCUAACGAAAAAGUUUUCGCUAUGAUCCAAAGCAAAAUAUUUAGGUUUAUAAGCAUUUUUCGAUAUUUUUUUUCACAGUUAUCCGUCUCUCAAUUGAAAACUAGUAACAGUGAGAGCCUAAUUUUCAUUUUCUAUUUUACAAGUUUUGAUCCAAUAAAGUGAAGUGGUUUUAUCUCCCAUCUAAAUUUCUAGAAAAAAUUUGAUAGUAAAAACAUAGGAUGCUCCUAAAAAUAGAAUUAAAAACUCAAGCGAACAAGAAGCUAAUGAUGAUCAUCUACAUGUCUGAUCUUAAAAAAGUUUCAACAAAAAAAUUCUUUUGGUUUCGAAAUUCCGAUGAUCAUCUACAAACCAGAUCUCAAGAACAACAGCUCAAUAUCUUUUCGAGUGAAAGAAAUAAACUCGAGUCAAUUUGCGCCUUUUCUCCGCCAUUCCAUUCAAAUAUUCAAAUUGCAGGACGUUUUUUUUUUUCGACUGCAGACCUUUUUCUUCUCCUUUUUGCAUCAAUUACUGCUCUCGGCCAGACAAAAUGGCAACUUUUUUUCUCCCCGGGAGUUAUUCUCUGCUCUUCAUUUUGUUGUUGACUCCGUUUUUGGGGCAGCGUAGGUGGAAAUUUGCCUCGAAAUUGGCUCCUUUUUUACGAAGCGCUUUUAGUUUGGUUCCUUAAGAAAGGAGAAGUUUUGAGGCUUGGAAUAGUUUUUGUUCUUUUCUUUAUUCAUUGGCUUGAUUCUACAGCAGUCGCUUAGUUCUGGAGCUUAUUGUAGAUUUUUCAAGUUUUCUCGAUUUUCUAGAUUUUUUGAAAAGUCUAGUUAUAUUUAAUACAAGACAGAGUUUUUUCAAACUAGUUAUGAUUUUUCUGCCUUUAUUACAAUCCUUCUUGUUUCUUCAUCUUUUGGAAUCACAUUCACACCCCUAAAAAGUCACAAAAAAAUUAUGGACCUUUUUUUCAAUUAUUUCAUAGGAAAACCAAUAAAUCUUUCUAGUUUUUAAUAGAGCUCUGAUCAAAUAGUAUCGAGUUUUCAUUAUUAGAAAGUUAUAUUCUUCCUUGGAAACGUAUAUUUAUUUAGAAGCCAUGGGAGCGAUUUACGAAUUUUUUGACUGACGUGCAGAAAUUUAUAGACUUGUAGCUUCUUUCAUAUCUUGGGAACUUCUAGAAAGACAGAGAGAUGAUCAGCAUAUUUCGUUCCGAAAAAAUGACUUUGAAACGAUACAGAAACGUAUUUUUAGCUGGAAAGUUCGAAAUUUUUCCAGUUGUAAUUUUUUUUUCGGAUUCUUUCUUUGAAGUCAGCAGCGAAUAUACUGUUUCAUGCCUUCUAUGAACAUCUGGGAAUUUUUUCCACAUGAAAAAAUCAUUCACAAACAUUUGAGAGAUGCUGACUUGUCUGCUCUCUAUUCUCUCUAACUGGUGAGAUCACGGAGAGAUCAAGGGGGCGCAGACAGGUCAGAUUUUUUCGAGUCUUAUUGGAACUUAGGUGAAGCUUCAAUAUAUAUUUUUACUGAUGGAUUGAUUUCAGGGCGGGGUGCGAUGCGAGUUGGCCGUCAGAAUCGGACGGCUCACAGUAUGGACGAGGGAAACGAACGACCCCUCAGAAAAAUGAGCGCCGAGGCUGUUUCUCGGAAGUCUUCGUUCGCCAACUCCAAAUUUGUUGGUUUUUCCGUUUUCAUCUUUUUCAGGUGUAUAGAUUACUCUCCAAUUGAUAAUAGAAUGGGAAAAGAUGGUUUUGAAUUUUCAACUGUAAAUUUUUUCAGAAUAAAUUCAGUAUCUGCGCUCUAUUGAUAAGAAAGUCAAGAAAAACUGUCGGUUCCAUUUUCUCAGCGGAUCUCUCGUUUUAUGUUCUAUUAUAAUGGUUCUAUGACCGCUGUGUAGAGAGAAAGAGACGCAGACAGGUUAGACAGUUUCCAAGGGAUUUUUUUCCCCGAUUUCUGUCGAGUUUGUACUUUCUGAAAAUUUUCAACCCUUCGAAAAAUUACUCGGACCUUGGUAACGUGAACCAGACCUGUCCGAGAGUUUCUAGCGACCACUUUAGUAAUGCCAGACCUCUUAAGUGAUCCCUAGAACAGCUUCGAAGCGUCCAGUUUUGAUUACCGAAACCCAAGUAUGAAAAUGGACAAAAAAUUUGAUUUGGCCGUAGAGCGCGUUUUCUUGGCUUUUUUUCGCCGAAAUUGAAAUUUCUAGGCUCAAAGGUUCACAAAUAUUUUUUUUGACUCCGAUUUCAACUGGACCUCUUGUCAAUGGAGCGUAAUUUUUUGACACGAUUCAAGUAUAGCCUACAUUUUUAUCGCAUUCCGAAAAUUCUCCCCAGGCAAAAUAUCGAUUUUCACGUUUGAGCCAGAGAUUAACGAGCCGGUGAUUAUCUCGGAUCCGAAAAUUCCUCGCAUUACCUGUUACUAUGUGUUCGGAGGUAACGACGUGCGUAAUUAAAGGCCCAUUGAAACGAGGCUUUCUCGCCAACGAAUUUGUAGCCGCCAUCACGCGGUCUGGCCUCUUACGAAGCAUCACCUUUUCAAAAGUCUCUGAAUCCUUUUGUACAUUUUCGAGAUUUGUCGUAGGGAAUCGAUAAAAAUCGAGAGAAACCCUUCAAUUUUCCAUGAUUACGCAGGUACAGUUAAUGAUGAUUUCAUUUUUCAACUUUUGAAAAAGUCAUUUAGAAACAAAAUGUUAUGGCUGAUAUUUUUCUGACGAGAGAGGUCAUCUCUCACUGCGGUUGGGAAUUUCUUGAAAAUUGGUCAGGAUACUCUUUGAGGUACCAAAAAAAAAUCGUGAAAGUUUCAGCCUGCACAACUUCCAGGUUUCAAAGAAAUGAGGGCCCAAAGCCCCAAUUUGGUCUAUUUGGAGAGUUUUCUUUGACUUCGAGGUGUUCUUUUUCAAAAACUAGGAGUUUGUGCAGGUUGAGACUUUCAGCAACUUCUUUUGAUACCUCAAGGAGUAUCCUGGCCGGUUUUCAAGAAAAUCCCGCAAAGUUAAAUGACCUUCCUUCUGAGUAAAUUCUCUUGUAUCUCUUUUUUUUUCGAAUGUCCAAGAAGUAAAACGUUGGGUCGUGCUCUAGGCUGUCUAUUUUUCAUUACCAGGAACGGCCGCGUGAUCUGAUUAAAAUUUCUUUAUCUUUUUCCAUUCAACUUCCGGAUUCUUCUUCGAUUUGAUACUUGGUUUUCAGCUGUCGAAAUCAAGGCAACAGGCCGCCGAUCAUCGGCUCAACGGCAGCGACGACGCCGACAGCCGCAGCAACGACAGCUCCUUGAGGUGAGAAAUAGCCACUGGCUGGGAAAUUUUUGAAAAAAAAGUUUAUUUUUACGUAGCCUUAUUACAAUGAUUUUCACUUUUGCUGAAAAUUUUUUGAUGUCCGGAAUACUUUUCAAUAAAGUUCCACCAUGAACGGUUUAAUUUUUAUUUUUUGUGUCGGCUUUUUUUAAAUUUUGUUACAUUGAGCUUGAUCAUUUCGACGUAAAUUUUCAAUUUUUCGAAAGACAUAACCCAGAAAAGGACUAUUCUUCUUGGGACCUUUUUGAUAUUGUCCAUGCGCCUUUAAACAUCAAAUGAGAGUGGUUUGACAGACCAGUAUCCACUGAUAAAGUACAGUAAUCAUUCGUGUUAAAACGAAGAUUCUAGUUGUUCCCCCUCCAUUAAAACAUACAUCGCUGGACUCCAUUCCAACUUUCUGGGGGUGGGCCGCACUUUUCGGGGUGUAGGCCGCACCCCGGGGUGGAAAUCAGCCGACGUACGAUCAAAAAAAAAAACAAGAAUUUGACGAGUAAAGGUUCAGAGACAUCUCGCACCUGGACGAACCGUCGUGCUCCGAGCAACCGCUGCCGCCGGACGACGGCGGCACUCGUCGCGCUCGAUCCGUCACUUCUUCCAGGAUAUCCCUCUUCUUUGGAAAGGUAUCAGUAAAAUACUGCGGGAUUUUUUUUUUUAAAUGUCUUAUUUUGCUGCACUACGCUUCUCAAAGUAGAAAAGAGCACCGUCUAAAAAUUAACGAGAAAGUUUUUGCUCACAAUUUCCUUGUAUGAAAUUCCUGAAACUUUCUAAGCUGCGUUUAUUUUUCCUGCGGUCUGAAGUUCAGUCAUAAUGUUCCAAAAAACAGCCAUCACAACUCUAUAAAGUGACAAAGGUUGGAUUCCAUUAAAAAAAGUUGUGAUAAAAAAAACCUUUUGUAACUUUUCUGACGUCAGCUUGUCCAGCUCAGAGUAGAACUUUUAAAGGAAAAUAAGUUUACAAAACGUUUUUUUGACGUUAAUAACGAAUCUGGAUUGAAAAUCAAUCAAGAAGGCCCAUGAAAAAAAUAGAUACGGACUGUCAAAGUGAGCCAAGUAAAAGCUGCUUUCUGGCCCAAAUCAGCACUGAGAACCUCAAAAAAUUGAGUUUUUGAUCAAUUUUUUGAAUUAACAUUGGUUUUUCGGGAUCCAUACGAGCCUAUAUACCUCACAGCUAUGAAACUUUCAUUUUUAGCAGUAUUUCGAUUCUUUUCUAGGUUAGAAACUUGCAUCUAGUUGAGCCCUAACUAUAAGGCUCUUUCAGACUUUGGUUAGCUUGAAAUUCGGAAAAAAAACUCAUGAAAACGGAGAAAUUGAUCAGAAAUAAAUAAAUUUCUGUUUCUAGGAGCGCAACGAGAUGAUCAACCGACUGAACGCGCUGAAAGAAGAGCACGACCGACGGGAGAGCGGCAUGUGGGAGCUGGAAAAGGACUGGCGGCAGAUUGUUCGCGAGCCGCAGGAGCUCACACGAAAAGCCACGGAACAGCAGGAAGCCAUCUGGGAGCUCGUCGUCACAGAGUACAGAUACAUUCGGGUGAGUGGGGAUACCUUGACAAGGAAAUUAUCUGAGGGGAAUAUUGUAGAUCAGGUCCAAACUUCUAGAUUUGGUAGUAGUUCUAGAACAGAUCUAUCGCCAGGGUCGCAGUGGGACUACAGAAUGCGACCAAGUUUACUAGGUGCAGGGUUUUUCACGCUGAUUCCAAAUCUGGUCUUAAAAGCUGCCGCGGAGGUCUGUGAAAAAAGUUUUGGACCUUCAAACGUCAAAAAUUUCGGUGUCUUGAAGCUCUUUUUUGGAGGGCACAUAGAUCUUAUCCGUGUAGUAGCUGAAAACUGGUAACUUUUUUUUCAGAAAAGUUUUUGAGCGUAGAUACGAUUUUUUAAAGCUCCGUCAGAAAUAAAAAUAAAUAUCUGCUAAGCAUCGUAGGGCACUGACCAGGGAAUGGUUUCUCUGAGUACCAGGUUUUCUAGAUGUUGUUUUUUUAACGGUGAUUCCAAAUCUGGUCUCAAAAGUUGCCAGACACAUCUGUGAAAAAAGUAAGGGACUCAUAAAAUAACCCUUUUUUGGGGAAUCUAUAGUUCUUGUCUCUCUUGUUUUUGACUUUUGAGAGUCCCUGACCUUUUUCAAAGACUUUUUUGACAGAUUUUGAGAACAGGCUCAGAAUCACCGUGUAAAUUUGCAUCUAGAAAACCUGGUCUCACUGCGACCUGAAAACAGAAAAAAUGCAGAAAACGAAAAGGCGUUUUUUUUUUCUUUUCCUGAGCUUCUCCUUUGUUUGGAAAUAGUUUCGAAACUAGAGGAAGCAUUAAUAGAACUUUUCGGUCAUUCCAAAAUAAUUUCUGUUGUUUUGAGAUGUAAAUUUGAAGGGUUAAGUUCAGAACUGAAAAAAGCUUCAAACAAACGGUUUUUUCGGAUUUUUCUUAAUAAAACUGAUAAAAAGGGAAGGAAACUUGAAAUUCUUGCAGUUACUUCGCUACAUGGACGACCUAGCGUUCUACCUUGGUGAGGUUCAACAUCUCGGAUUUUUGAGGUUUGUCUCGACCUCGUGAAUAUUCAUCAACUAUUUGAAAUAUUCCAGAGACGUCGACCCGAACUCGACGUUCCGAAACUAUUCUGAACUUCUCAACGUGAAUAUGGAGAGCUUUUGGAAGGCCGCCAUUGAGCCGAUGCUCAGAAGCUCGAGGUAUCGAUGAUUUUUCCAAAAGUGGUUCAAAAAUGUUUUCAGAGCUUCUGGAGCGCCGCUCGACGUCAGGAUGCUGAGCGACGGCUUCAUGCACAUCAUCGACUGGUCCAAGAGUUACAUCAACUUCAACAUGAACUACAGCGAGUGCCACGCCUACAUGCAGAAGAAGACCAAGGAGAACGAGCUCUUCCGCGAUUUUGUCAAUGUAAAACUUUGAAAAUCAAGUAUAGCUGGUUCACGGCUGGUUCGAAAAAAAGGGUUCUGACACGAAAAGGGACAGUGCUGGCUCGGUGGAGAGCGCUGACAGGCCACGCCCAUUUGUGUCCCAAGCUAGCCGUGAAUCGACUAUAUAGCCUAUAAAAGGAGGGAAGGAAAAAAUGAGUCAGAAAAAAACUUCUGGAAAGUUGGCGCUCCACUGAUAAUUUAAGUCUUUGGUUGAGGAUUUUUCAGAUGUUUAAAAAAAAGCUUCUGCGCUCUAUUGAAAAAAAAGAUGAGAAAAAUCAGCCAUUGCGAUUUUAGAGAACUUUUUCCGAAAUUUUUUUAAAUUUCCGACUGGUAAUCAUAUCAAAUUUUCAAAAAAAUCAUGACUUUUUUUUUUUUUCCAUUCAAUAAUCACCAUUUCUUAGCUCCUUGUGGCGCAAAAUCGCAAGUUUGAUCUGAAAGAGUUCCGAAAAUAUAUUUUUACUGUAACCAACGCGGUUUCGAACAGUGUCCGAAGUGAAACAUGUUCAAAAAUCGAAAACUCAACGAAAAGCUUAAAAAAUACGCUUCUAUUUAUCAAAUGAGUCUUUUUUCAGUGGGCCGAAUCUCAAGAAAACCUCGACCGUCAAAAACUCCUCGACACGUUGCCAAAGCCGAUGCAGCGAUUGACACGAUACAAUUUGCUGCUCAAGGUUUUUAACUAACCUUAUCAGAAUUUUCCAUGAAAAUGUUUCAGGCGGUGCUGAAAGUGACGACGGACAUGCAGGAGAAGGAGUUGCUGAUGUUGAUGAUCGACAACGCGGAGAAGGCGACGAAGAAGCUCAACGCCGAGCUGAACAACAACGACUCGUUGCAGCAGAUGAAGGACGUGAUGAGACUCUUCGAGGGCUAUGAAUGCGUCGACGGCGAGGAGUGCGAGAGGGUUCGUUCUCGGAAUAGGAAUAUUAGUUUUUGCCAUCAAAAAAGGGUCUUGAGACGAUGAGAAAAGAGAGAGUGACUGGUUGGUGGGGAGAGCAGAUAGACCACGCCUUUUUGAGACUCAAGCUAGUUGUGAAUCGACUCUUUAAAAAAUUUUGAAAAAUCUGCACUUUUUGUGACGGCUUGUUUCUCGUAAAUCAUUUUUGCUGGAUGAUAAUUGAACUUGAAACUUUUUUUUCGAGCUACAGGACCUUUUUUCGCGACCUGUCUCUGUGCAUGCGCCUUUAAUAUAAUGGAAGUUUUUCUUGGCUUAAUUGAAGGCGCAUGUACAGACACGGGUCGCACAUAUCGCACACAAGGUUCUCUGGUAUCUUCUCUUUUUCGCCACUGAUUUAAUAUUUUUCAAUAAUUAAUAUUUUUCUAAAAUUUUGAUUUUUAAAUUCUUUGAUACUUGAUACAGUAUUGGCCAGAAAUAUAUUUCAAAGUGGUUAUUCGAGCAUAACUUCUCUAAAAGUGACUCAAAUGACUUGAAACUUUGCACAGAUUUCAAACAGCUCUGCAGUACCUUAUUUCCAAAAACAGAAAUAAUUUGCUCGAAUCAGACCAGAUUUGUGAGCAAAAACCGAAAUUCGUGAAAAGGAAAAUUUUUCUCUUGAGAUUCAAAAAAUCAUAUUUUCGAAGAAACGUCGUUUCAGCGACUUUUUUUCCUUGUAAAACAAGUCUUCGGCCUUGUAUAUAUUUCAAACGAAAACUGCAUUAUAUACUACUUUUUCAGAUCCAAAAUUCAUAUCUAUCUGAUCAAUUUAUUUGCAGUUAUUCGGCACUCGCUGUGUGUUGAACCUCUGCGAUCCGAUGCCUUUGAUGCCGCCGGAAACCGCGCGCUACCGAGCUCUUGUCUACCGAGGCGACUUGAGAAUGAAGGAGAGCCGGACUGGCUCGAAAGUGAGUUCGAAAAAUGGAAAAUCCUAGUUGUCUUUCAUAAAAGUAUAAAAUCCAAGAGCAAUUUUUUAUAAUGCGCCGAUUUUCGGCUAGGUUUAGAAGCGAUUUCGCCUUUAUUUUGUAGCGCGGACCCAAAAAAUGGCUUCAAAAGUCUAGGGUAGGGCAUCUUCAGAAACUUGUUUGAAUUAUGUUUCUGAACCUUUAUAAAUAUAUUAGUGAUCAUUACUCGCCGUUUCAUCGAGCACAAUGAUUUUAAUUUGGUCGAGAAAUAUUUUGUCCCUCUUUUUUCUUAGUUCUUAUUUUUUAAUUCAGGUUUUUAGAGUACAUUUUAUAGUAAUCAAAAUACUUUGUUCUGCUGCCUACCUCAAGUUUUUUUUAACAUAAAAAAUUUUAAUUUCCAGACGGAUGUGCACUGUUUUCUGUUCACCGACAUGUUCCUGUUGUGUCGACGGUCGCAAGGCAAAAAAGAUCGGUACAAAAUAAUCCGGCCGCCGAUCCACAUCAACCGACUCAUCUACCAUCCUCUCACAGAAGCGUCAAGUUUGAAUUCCGUCGGAUUUCCGGGAAAUGUAUGACUUUUCCAGUUGGUUUCUACGUGGUCAGCAUCAACGAGUUCAACAUUCCCAGUGCACUGUGUAUGAUGCACACGUCGAGUUAUGAGGAAACCAAAAGGUAUGGUAACCAUUUCGAAGCACCUUUUGAGUCAAUUUCGCUUUGUCAUGAACUUUAUUUAAAAAGUCAGCAAGAUGUCUGAAAAAUAGUGUUUUGAGUAGGAUAGCUUGCAAAAGAAGAGUUCGUUCAAAUUUUUAUUGACAAGUUUUAGCUCAAACUCCGUCCCUAAAAGUGAUAAGCCAAACAGAGAACUUCUUCCAAUGACGUCAUUGUACUUGAAAUUCAAAAUCUAAACACUUCCAAAAAAAAAUUGAUCAUUUAAUCAAUAACAAAUUGUAUUCAUUAGGUCAAAAUUUGCAUCGAUAGGUUUUCAAUUAAGAAUAGAAAAUUUUCAAAGUUUCAGGUGGUUGGAGAUGAUCCAAAAAGCGCGCGAGGAGCUCAACGAGCUGUACGCCAAGGUUUGGUCAGGACAAACCGACGUGACGGCUUCCAACGGCAUCGACUACGCCAGAGGGGCCAUGUUCAAUGGAAAUGGCUACCAUCGAGAAUGGUAUCUUACCGAAAAUCUUGAACUUUUAGUAGAUUUAUAUAAAUUCUUUUUGACUGUUGAAUUUGUAAUUGAGGAUAAUGGACCUUUUCCAGGAGCUUCCCUGGAGCUCAACCGCCGCCAAGUGUUGUCCAUCGGAAGAGCAGCAGCAUGGACUCGCAGUCGAUGGCCGCUCAUGCCCAUUUAGCAUGUUCGUUUCCUUUUUUUUUUCAUUUUAAAGGGGCUUUAUGAGGACUUCAAGGUUCAAAGUGCACAAAAAGUAUGAGAAUUUGAACGAAAAAAGUUUUGUCACAGACAUUUUUCAACAGCUUCCCAUAAAAUUGUUCAAAAAAAAAAAAUGGAGAUUUGAAAGAAUUUUUGGUUGUGAAAUUUAUGAACUUGGGUUAUAUAGAAAGUUUUCCAUUUUCAAGUUUAAAAAAAAGGAGAAAAAGCGUCUUGACUUUUUUUAUUUUUAUUAAAAAAAUCAUAAAAUUUGACAUUUGACAACUUUUUUUCUUUCAUUCCUAGCUAGGGAACGUUUCGUUUUUUUCACCCCCCGGUCAAAAUUUUUGAUGAAGCUCUGCUGAAGUGUACUUCAGGACCAACUAAUUCCAGAACAGAAAGAAAAUUUCUCGCAAUAGAUCUCGUUUUUCGAGUUAGGACACUUCAAAAACUUGAAUUAGUGCUUUUUGACAUUUUGCGUAUUUUGCAGACUUUGAAACUUCAUAACUCGAAAAAAAGAUUUAUUGCUGAAAAUUUUCUGCUUGUUCUGCAAUCAGGAAGUCCAAAAUUAUACUUCAGCAAAGUUUCACCAAAAAGUUCAGCCGGGGGGAUGUUUCUGCUUUUGCAAUUUGUCUCACUAGUUUUGCCUUUACACUGGAAGAGUUUCAGACAUGCGAUGCGGAUCAACGGUUUCGUCCACUGAACAGCUCGACCGGCAUCCGGAACGGCUCGACGGCUCGACUCGGUCGCUGACCAGACAGAAACUCAGCGUUGCCAGCGCCAACGCCAACGCUUUGUCCACCAGCAAGAGCAGCGUGGAUCUUCACCUGUCACUGGGCGCCGAGAUGGGUAAGAGCCUGGAAAAGUCGUUUUACAAGGGAAGCCUUUCCCUCUAGCCUUCCAUCUGUUUGCUGUUUUUUCAUGUUAAGAUAACUUUGCCAUAUUUAAUCCGAGUUCCUACAAACGUGACCAGCCCCACAAUAUGGAUAAAAAAACAGGAUUAUUUUUCAGAACGGCCAAGGUCGCGGUCAAACUCGUCAGGACCUGACAUCGAAGGAAUCACGACAAGGUCACGAAGUCCGAGCCCGCCGCCCUCGAUCCGCAAGACCGACAGCGGCGAAGGAACGCCGACCCACGCGACUGAAGAGAACGCGAUGCCGUGUCGCGACUCGCCGACGCUUCUCGUCACUUCCGACGACUGCGAUCAACCGCCGGCGUCCGGUCGUCGCUUCGAGAAAAGGUUGAGGAUAAUCUACUUCAUUCUGAUUUGAAGCCAUUGGAAAAAGUAGCAGAGAUGGUUAGAUUUGAAAAAAAGGAAAAAUCCUCACAUAUCAAACAAAUUUCAAUAAGAGUAAUAAAAGUGAAAUAAUUUUAUCGAAGCCCUGAAAGACCCCCUGUAAAUGUGUGAUUUUAGCAUCUGAGGAUAACUGCCUAGUCUGGCGCGCUAGAAAAUCAAAGUAGAUCGCGGUACAAUGACGAUAUCGCGAAAAUGAAGUCUUCGCGCGUGUCUCAUUUCUCACGUAUUCAAAAUAAUCUGAAAAUUUCCAAAAUGCGAGAUUUGCGCGGAAGCUGAGCGACAUGCUUGUUAUAGUCUGUGUGCCACGACUUGAAGUUUCACGGAACGACACUCCGCUGUUACGCUGCGUGCGUUCGCGAAGCGUCUUUUGAAUCUAGGUCACGCUUUCAAUUGACUUUUAUUGCUGUGGGAGCACAUGAAAGUAGAGUACCUUAACAAAAGGAAAAAAAAAUUAAAAGCGCGACCAAGUUUCGCAAAAGCGCGCAGCGGCACAGCGGAAUGUCGUUAGGUUAAAUUCCAAGUCGUGGUACACAGGCUAUAGCUCGUCAGUGUACCGCCAGCGUUCUCGUUUUUAUCUCGAUCGUUUUUCUUAGGAAUGGUUAAGAAGAGCGUUUAAGUGUUCAGAUCCAAGAUAGGUUUUACGUAGGUGUUGAACAGUUGGAUUUUCUCCAUUCAACAAAACUCAGUUGCAGAUAUCACACGGCCGAUGGGAUCGACGUCCUGAAGCCGAAAGGCUCGGUGCUGUCCGGAGGAAUCCUGAAGAGAUUCUCCUGGAAUGUGAGCUCGGCAGUGGCCGGCAGCAGUCGGAAGAUCAGCGCUCGGCUUGAGGUAUAAUUACUCAAACUUACAUGUUUGCUUCAUCGGACUUAAUCAUUUAUCGGCUGUUUUUUGAAGAUUCUGGCAUGAAGCAUUAAUUUGGGAUUUUGAUUAGAAUAGAAAAUCGUUCAUAAAAUUCAUCUAGAAGAAUUCCUCGGUUAUAAUGAACUUUGUGUGGAUUAGCUCGAAAAAAAAGGAAUCAAAGAUUCAGCACUCGAGGCGGCACUCACAAGCGUCGACGGCGGCGAGCUCAGAAUCUUUCGGAAGCUCGACGUCAGGCAUCUCUACAGCCUCAUCAACUGCUGACACUACCGCCGACGGCACCACCAUCACUGUAAUUCCUGGAAAUCUCUCACAAUCUUCAACUUCGGACCUUCAGCUGAAGACCUCCCACAUCUCAACUGUGGCUGUCAACGAAACGACUUCCGAACCGCAGACGACUCUGACCAUUGGAAUGGACUUGCCGACGGCUGAGGUAUAGAAAAUUCAGAACUCGAGCUUUAUGAACCUUUCAGAUGACCAAUGGAACGACGCCGCCGCCUCCAGAAAUCCCGCCGCCUUCGCUGACGCCGUCGCCCGGCAGCGAGAAAUCCAACCUCAAGCAGCAGGAGCUGCUCAAGUUCAUCAUGGACAAUCACUUGGAGACGUCGUUAGUUUUGUUUUCUUUGGCUCGAGAGCAUUCCGGCUUGACUUUGAAGUUGUUAGAUUUCAAGGCUAGGAUAAUAGCUGCGCUCAAGGUCUUUAUGUUACUUUGAGUUAGAUUACCUCGAGAAAAGUUGAAUCGAUCGGAUUUUAGCUGCGGUUCGAAAGAAUUAUUGUUAGAAUUUGAAGUUUCAUCAAGCCAGAUAUUACUAGAAUGACUUUAGCUUCUAGAAUGUUCUUUUCUUCCAAAUUAAGGCUGAAAACCCUGUCUGUAACCUUGAGGCGACUUCGAAUCAGAUUCUAGCUCGAGAAAAUUUUAAUUAAUAGGAUUUUAGUUUGACUGCGAUCCGAAAGUAUCUCAGUUAGAAUUAUUAACGAGUUUAAUCAAGAUUCAGAUUAAACCUCUCUUUGAAGAAACUUUGAAUUGACUUGAAGAAAACCGCAUCGGUUAGAUUUUAGUAUGAAGUUGAUCCAAGAGAACUUUCGUAUCUCAAAAAUGGUUCAUUACCGCUGAAGCCAAGUUUGAUUUCAUAAGGGAGGUCACCUUACUUUGGGGUUCAUAAAUUCCUGAAUUUUGGUUAAAUUACUUGAUGUACCAGAUAAAGAUCCAUGGUCCCAACUUCCUGGUUUUCAAGAAAUCCGGGCUCAAAGGGUGAAAAUGGUCUUUUUUUUAGCGGGUUUUGAUGGUUUUCCUGAACUUGGAGGCCCUUUUUCCUCGUGGAAUAGGAAUUUUCAAAGAUUGGGACUUAUCUGGAUACGGAUAUGGUUGAUCAAAGAGUAAUUUGGGCGAUUUACAGGAAAUUCUGAACCAUAAAUUAAAAUAACCACCUUUUUAGUAUGAAUUUGGUUACGAAGAUUUUUGUGUCUCAACAAUUUUUCAAUGAGGUUGGAGCUAGAGGUGUGACCUUCUAAAUCAAUUUAGAGUAAGCCAUUUCGAACCGAAGUUUUUUAAAAGAAAGUACAGCAAAUUUUUUCUUUCAGAGACGUCUAG